AUGGCUUUGAGAGGUAUAUGGCAACUGAAAAGGCUGAUUGUGAGCUACUGUGACUGGGGAGGUAGUAGCAGGGGGAUCAGGGCCUUCAUAGAGUCAAAUCUGCCAGCAUUUAAAGAGAGCAAUCCACAGCUAGAGGUGAUUGCUGAACUCUCUCGUGGUCAGCAUCCAUGUUUGAAGGCUUUUUACAAGAACAAAAAUGAGAGGGUGGUAUGUGUGAAGAAUUUGACUUCAGAAGACGUACUUCUUCAUGCUACCAGGCUAAGGAAUGCAUUGGGAAGAAAAGUGAAAAAACUGCCAACAAGACAUGUGACCAAACACCCAAGCGUGCAGGGUACAUGGACAACUGAUGUUAGAUUUUGA